UCGCAAACCCGCAUUACGAAACUUCUGUAUGAAAUUGAAAUCUAUUUAUAAGCGUUAUCUACCAAGGCUUUCCCCAACCAAGGUCUACUUACUUGUUCUUUUCUGCUUUGUUUGUUGGGCAAUAACCUUUCACUCUUUUCUUCCCAAGAUCAAUAGUAACAUGUCUUCAAGUAGUGAUCAAUCCUCUGUUCUUAACCAACCUAGAUCUAUUGUGAAAAGGGUCAUUACCAAAGCUCAAAAUGAAGGAGAUGGAGCUGUUGUUAGAAGAAGCAUUGGAAGUAUGCAAUUGAAUCGUUUGGAUCCAUUCCUCUUGUUGGAUGAUUUUUCUGUUUCAGCUCCUGCUGGAUUCCCUGAUCAUCCUCAUAGAGGCUUUGAGACUGUCACAUACAUGUUCGAGGGAGCUUUCACUCAUCAAGAUUUUGCAGGAAACAAGGGCACAAUCAGACCUGGUGAUGUACAGUGGAUGACUGCUGGUCGGGGUAUAGUUCACUCAGAAAUGCCUGCAGGGGAUGAGGUCAGCAAGGGAUUGCAGCUUUGGAUCAAUUUGUCAUCUGAAAACAAAAUGAUUGAACCCAGAUACCAAGACAUGCUCAAGGAAGACAUCAAGAGAGCAGAGACAGAUGGGGUUGAGGUCAGAAUCAUAGCAGGAGAAAGCAUGGGUGUCAAGUCUCCAGUAUUCACCAGGACACCAACAAUGUACCUUGAUUUCACUCUGAAACCUGGAGCUGAGUGGCACCAAAGCAUCCCAGAGUCAUGGAAUGCCUUUGUGUAUACGAUUGAAGGAGAGGGUGUGUUUGGAUCCGCAGAUGAAUCACCAGCAGAGCCUCAUCAACUCUUGCUCUUGGGUCCAGGGGAUGGGGUUAAAGUGUGGAACAAGUCAAGCAAGCCACUCAGAUUUGCUUUGAUUGGAGGGCAGCCUCUGAAUGAACCUAUUGCUCAGUAUGGACCCUUUGUGAUGAACACUAAAGCUGAGAUCCAGAAGACCUUUGAGGAUUAUCGCUUCUACAAGAAUGGCUUUGAAAAUGCUAGGCAUUGGAAAUCUGUAGAAUGAACCAAUCUCAAAUUGAAAAAGGAAAACAAGAAGCAUACCAGAAGGGUCUGAAUUUGAGCUUGUGCAUAUACAGUUGAAAAGCAAGAAUAAAG